AGCAUUAUGGGACACCGCGGGGACAGCUCCGACUCCCCGCCCCGGCUUCUCUUGCCCUGAAGGUGACCACGUUUCACUUCUGGACCUCUCCGGGCGUCCCCAGACGCCGUUGACGUAAUCCCCUCACUUGUGUCUGGCACCUCAGGGGCAAACGAGGAUUUUUUUUUUUUUUAAAAGCCGAGAGCUGUGACACACUUCCGGUUGUGUCUCACUUUACGGCUAGACAUUUUUCCGCUGACUAAGAAGGAAGUGGUAGGGCCAUUUACGACAGCGCUGGUCGCCGUUUACGGCACCGGCCCCUGCGCGCGCAUCUUCCCUCCUGCCUUGGUUCAUCCGAGUAUCGGGGCAAUCGCAGUUUUUUCCUCGGGCCAUCUGUCGCCAUCCGGGCCCGUGGAGGCUGUUGCAGGUUUUAGAAGAUGGCGAAGUUCAUGACACCUGUGAUCCAGGACAACCCCUCAGGCUGGGGUCCCUGUGCUGUUCCUGAGCAGUUUCGGGAUAUGCCCUACCAGCCAUUCAGCAAAGGAGAUCGGCUGGGGAAGGUUGCAGACUGGACAGGAGCCACAUACCAGGACAAGAGGUACACAAACAAGUAUUCCUCUCAGUUCGGUGGGGGAAGUCAGUAUGCCUAUUUCCAUGAGGAAGAUGAGACGAGCUUCCAGCUGGUGGACACGGCACGGACGCAGAAGACCGCCUACCAGCGGAACCGGAUGAGGUUUGCACAGCGGAACCUCCGCAGAGACAAAGAUCGGAGGAACAUGGUGCAGUUCAACCUACAGACACUGCCCAAGAGUGCCAAGCAGAAAGAGAGAGAACGAAUUCGCUUGCAGAAAAAAUUCCAGAAGCAAUUUGGAGUGAGGCAAAAAUGGGACCAGAAGUCACAGAAACCCCGAGACUCCUCAGUUGAAGUCCGCAGUGACUGGGAGGUGAAGGAGGAGAUGGACUUCCCUCAGCUGAUGAAGAUGCGCUACUUGGAAGUGUCAGAGCCUCAAGACAUCGAGUGCUGCGGAGCCCUGGAGUACUACGACAAAGCCUUUGACCGCAUCACCACGAGGAGUGAGAAGCCCCUGCGGAGCAUCAAGCGCAUCUUUCACACCGUCACCACCACAGACGACCCUGUCAUCCGGAAGCUGGCAAAAACGCAGGGCAAUGUGUUUGCCACCGAUGCCAUCCUGGCCACGCUGAUGAGCUGCACCCGCUCCGUGUACUCCUGGGACAUCGUUGUCCAGAGAGUCGGCUCUAAACUCUUUUUUGACAAGAGGGACAACUCUGACUUUGACCUCCUGACUGUGAGUGAGACAGCCAAUGAGCCGCCUCAAGAUGAAGGCAACUCCUUCAACUCACCCCGGAACCUGGCCAUGGAAGCCACCUACAUCAACCACAACUUCUCCCAGCAGUGCCUGAGAAUGGGGAGAGAAAGAUACAAUUUCCCCAACCCAAACCCAUUUGUGGAGGACGACAUGGAUAAGAAUGAGAUCGCCUCUGUCGCUUACCGUUACCGCAGAUGGAAGCUUGGAGAUGACAUUGACCUUAUCGUCCGCUGUGAGCACGAUGGCGUCAUGACCGGGGCCAACGGGGAAGUGUCCUUCAUCAACAUCAAGACGCUCAAUGAAUGGGACUCCAGGCAUUGUAAUGGCGUUGACUGGCGUCAGAAGCUGGACUCUCAGCGUGGGGCUGUCAUCGCCACUGAAUUGAAGAACAAUAGCUACAAGUUGGCACGGUGGACCUGCUGUGCUUUGCUGGCUGGAUCUGAGUACCUGAAGCUUGGGUAUGUGUCCCGGUACCACGUAAAGGACUCCUCACGCCAUGUCAUCCUGGGCACCCAGCAAUUUAAACCCAAUGAGUUUGCCAGCCAGAUCAACCUGAGCGUGGAGAAUGCCUGGGGCAUCCUGCGCUGCGUCAUCGACAUCUGCAUGAAGCUGGAGGAGGGCAAGUACCUCAUCCUCAAGGACCCCAACAAGCAGGUCAUCCGAGUCUACAGCCUGCCUGAUGGCACCUUCAGCUCUGAGGAGGACGAAGAGGACGAGGAGGAGGAAGAGGAGGAAGAAGAAGAGGAAGAAACUUAAAUGAGUUGGCCUGGCGCCUGCGUGUGUUGCACCCAGCUGUGCUUGGGCAGUGUGUGUCCAGCUCCUGUUCUCUAGCAGAGGAAAUAAAACUUAAUUCCCUUUGGUUUC